GCGCCUCCUCCCGCGGACCUCCCCGCGGCCGCCUCCGCGGCGCCCGCGGCGGCGCCCCCGCCCCUGAGCUUCGCGGCGGCGCCCGCGGCCGCCCCAGCGCAGGAGGCCCGCGGCCCUACGGCGGGCGCCGGGGAGCGGCGCUGGAACGCCGGCCACGACCACGAGGUCUCCCCGCGCGAGCUGACCAAGUGGUCCGAGAUGGUCCAGUUCGGCGUCACGCGGUACAUGGACGUCCAUCCGGACAGAUUCCGGAGGCGCGUGCGGCGGGGAGUGCCCCAGCGGUUUCGCUGGCUGGUGUGGAAGGCGGCCGUGUCGAGGGGCACGUUCGACCGAGACCUGCCCCGCGUCAGCUCGAGCUACCACAGUCUGAGGGAUGUGCGGAACUCCUCGACCUCACAGAUCGAGAUAGACAUCCGCCGGACGUUCCCAGAGGAAAGGUCCUUCGAUGCCGAGCAGCAGCAGCGGCUUUUCCGUGUGCUGAACGCCUACGCAGGUCACAACCCAGACGUGGGGUACUGCCAGGGCAUGAACUACAUCGCGGGCCUCCUGCUGAUCGUGUCUGGCAGCGAGGAGGAGAGCUUCGGAGUGCUCUGCAGCCUCAUGGACGACCCGCAGUACGGGCUGGUCGGGUUCUACAAAGAAGGGCUGCCGCUCCUGAAGCGGUACCUGCGGGCAUGCGACAAGCUCGUGCUCGAGACGGUGCCACAGUUGCGGGAGCACUUCAUGAAAGAGGGCCUGCGGCCAGCGAUGUAUCUUCACCAGUGGUUCUUGUCCGUCUUCAUCAACUCCUUCCCGCUCUCCAUGGUCAUGAUUAUAUGGGAUGUCAUCGUCACCGAGGGUCUACCCGUGAUUCUCAGGAUCGCAGUGAAACCGUGCAUGGGUUGUAUUCAUUUGUUUCCAAGGUAUGCUUGA